UGACCGCCGUGCGGUCACUAGUGUAAUUUUUUAGAAUUGUGAUUUUUAAACGCAUUUAAGUACGUUUUUAAAGCAUUUUUUAGUAUGAGCGACGUGCUGAAGAGCUCCCAGGAGCGAUCCCGCAAGCGCCGUUUGCUUUUAGCGCAAACUUUGGGAUUGUCGAGCGUGGAUGAUCUGAAGAAGGUCCUGGGAAAUGCGGAAGAUAUCAAUAGCAGUCGCCAGCUAAAUCAAGGUGGGCAGCGUGAGGAAGAGGAUGGUGGGGCCUCUUCCUCCAAGAAAACCCCCAAUGAAAUUAUCUACAGGGACUCAUCCACCUUCCUCAAGGGAACUCAGUCUUCCAAUCCGCACAAUGAUUACUGCCAGCACUUCGUUGACACCGGUCAACGUCCUCAAAACUUUAUUCGCGAUGUUGGACUGGCUGACCGUUUCGAGGAGUAUCCCAAACUGAGGGAACUAAUCAAACUGAAGGACAAACUCAUCCAGGACACGGCAUCCGCUCCAAUGUACUUAAAAGCGGAUCUCAAAUCGCUUGAUGUCAAGACCCUGGGAGCCAAGUUUGAUGUCAUACUGAUUGAACCGCCACUGGAGGAAUAUGCCAGGGCAGCUCCAUCGGUGGCAACUGUUGGAGGAGCUCCUCGGGUCUUCUGGAACUGGGAUGACAUACUUAAUUUAGAUGUAGGCGAGAUUGCCGCUCACCGAUCUUUUGUAUUUCUGUGGUGCGGCUCCUCGGAGGGCUUAGACAUGGGCCGCAAUUGCUUGAAAAAGUGGGGGUUCCGCAGAUGCGAGGACAUCUGCUGGAUACGCACCAACAUUAACAAGCCCGGACACUCCAAACAACUGGAACCGAAAGCGGUCUUUCAACGCACCAAGGAGCACUGCCUAAUGGGUAUCAAGGGAACCGUUCGUCGCUCUACAGAUGGUGAUUUCAUCCACGCCAACGUAGACAUCGAUUUGAUCAUCUCGGAGGAAGAGGAAUUUGGUAGCUUUGAGAAGCCUAUCGAAAUAUUUCACAUCAUCGAACACUUCUGUUUGGGUCGACGACGUUUGCAUUUGUUUGGCAGGGAUUCGAGCAUCCGACCAGGUUGGCUUACUGUGGGUCCGGAACUGACAAACUCGAAUUUCAACUCCGAGUUAUAUCAGACCUACUUUGCUGAGGCACCAGCGACGGGUUGCACCAGUAGGAUUGAACUUUUAAGGCCCAAGAGUCCUCCGCCGAAUAGCAAGGUAUUGAGAGGAAGAGGACGCGGCUUUCCACGUGGUCGUGGUAGGCCCAGAUAACCAGAUUUUUACUCUACAACUGCAUGUAUUCUAGUGUCUAAGAUCAAAGAUGUUUAAGGCUAAGAAUAAGACUAACAUUAAAGACUAUUGCUGCAGAAUGCCCAGUA